AUGUUUUAUGAUCACCUGGCGGCAUACCAGGGCUUUGGAGGGAUCGUUCCAGCAAAAGACGAGGGUGAGAAUAUUGCUCGUGCUUUAGGGCUGAAGAAAAACGAGUUUGCACCACAACAAUUCCAGAAGAAGCGUCGAAUAGGAUAUGUCCACAUCUGCAGACUCAUCACAGUCGGCUCGUCUAUCGUUGAGGCAGCAGCCCUUUUCAUUGCAUUGGAACGGUCUUGUCAAGCUCAGCUGUUGGUUGAACACGCCCACUGCCCAUACACCGGGACUCCAGAAGAAGUAUGUUGGGGAUGGAGGAGCUGCGUAUACCAAGAGAACGUCAGAAUGCCCAGCAGCGAUGUACAUGCAAUUGGUCCCAGAAUAUGA